GUUUUUUCAUUUUCUACAAAAUUUUAUUGUUUUCUAUUUUUUACUUAAUUAUUAUUUUCCGUGUGAUUUAUAUUUCUUGAACGUUGUACAUUCUUCAAAAAUUUACUAUUGGAAAUUAAUAUUAUAUUCUAAGAACGUCGACUAGCUCAAUAUAAAUGUAAGGUUGCCAUGAAUCCGAGGCUUGUUCGAACAAUAUGGGAGGCUGUUUAGGUUUACAAAGAAAUCGCAGGGGAAGGAAUGCAUCCUCGGACAAUGGAUCUCGCCCGAGUUCUGGUACUAAUAGAAAAAAUCAUCCAUUAUGCCAUGAAACUAUCCGUUGGAAAUCUGAUGUUCCCUUAACUGAAGGUCAGUUGAGGAGCAAACGAGAUGAAUUUUGGGAUACAGCUCCAGCAUUUGAAGGACGUAAAGAAAUAUGGGAUGCAUUAAGAGCAGCUACUGCAGCUGCUGAAACGACUGAUUUUCAAUUGGCACAAGCUAUAUUGGAUGGCGCUAACAUUUCAGUUCCUAAUGGAUUUCUAACUGAGUGCUAUGAUGAGCUAGGAACACGAUACCAAGUUCCAGUAUACUGUCUUUCUUAUCCUAUAAAUAUAGUGAAAGAAGGGAGCGGAAGAGAUUCUCCAAUUGAUCAAACAGAAUCCUCAGAUGAAGGUUCUGAAAUUAUGUUAAAACUCCGCCUAUCAUCCAAUUGUCAAGAUAUAAAAAUGCCACUCAUGACAAGAGAUACAAUAGCACAGGCUAAAAAGAAAUUGCAAGCUAAACAAGGCAUUGAACCUUUACAUCAAAGAUGGUUUUUUGGUGGUAAGCUGUUGGGUGAUAAAUUACAUAUAGAUGAAGCAAGAAUUCUUCCAAGUUAUGUAAUUCAAGUAAUCAUUAAUCCUGAACCAACAAAUGAAAGCUGAAUUCUUAUUGCUAUCAUUUCAUAAUAGUUAAUUAUUUAUCAACAUAUGCUUAUCUUAAUAGGAACAAAUAUUGAUAUUACAUACAUUUUCACUCGUUAUAUUUUAUUGUUUAUUCAACGCUUUACAAAAUUUCACAAGUUUUAUAACUUAAAUUGGUUACCCUGUAAUUAACUUAAAAUUAUUUCAAUAAUAAACACUCAUGACAUUUUAUAUGCUUACACUGUCAGUCUCUUUAUUGUAGAUAUGUUAUAUAAAAUAAAUUAUUGUAAAAUAUAAAAUCUAUAACAUUUAUCUAAUCAAUGCAAA